CGCGGGAUUAGUUUACAGCGGCAGCUCUGACCGAAACCAGGAUGUGGAUGGAAACGAAAUUUGGACUUCACAGAAUCUAUUUACUCAUUAUUUGAGACUUUUUUUAAUUGACAGCAGUGAAGCGAACUUAGUUGAGAAAUCAUCCUGAGGAAGAGGUGCAGUCUUGAAGUCAAUCUAGAAGUUGGGAAACCUGGAUGAAAUGGACUAAAAACCUCAUCGGAUUACAUAAGAAUUAGACCACAGCAUUACUCAAGGAGUAUCGGGAAGCCUGGAAAACUUUCUAAGCCCUUUUUGCUGAACGAAAUAAGAAAAACUCCCAGAGAAACCAGGAAGUGGUAAACAGUGUCGAUGAUGUUUCUGAUCCUGUCCCUGCUGAUUAUGUGUGCGCCACCAGGGGGCGACGCAUCUCCAAUCAGCUGCUACAACGACCAAGGUGAUGCUGUUGACUGGUUUUACCUGUAUAAACUCCCUAAAGAAGGUGGUAGAACACACGAGUUUAAGGGAGAGACGUAUUUAUUGCUGGACAAAGGGAGUGAAGGAUGGACGGAGGGGAAGGUCACGGUGAAUGACACCAAAGGAGCUUUGGGCCAGACAGUCGGACAGCUGUACUCACAGGAAAAGAAUUCGGAGGUAGCUUACAUCUUGUACAACGACCAGCCGCCUUCUGAGGAGUUUGGUGGCAGAUGGGCUGAAGGCAGCGGGAGCAGGGGAGGUCACACGAAAGGCGUCGUUCUGCUGGAUAAAAAUCAGGGGUUUUGGUUGGUGCACAGCACCCCUCACUUCCCCCCUGAGCGACAGGAAGGGCAGUUUUACUAUCCCAGCAGCGGAGUGAACAACGGGCAGAACUUCAUCUGCGUCACCUACCCGCUAGAACGUUUCCAGACUAUCGGAGAGCAGCUGCAGAUCAAUCAGCCUAAUGUGUAUGACUGUGACGUCCCGGAGUCCCUGGCGUCCUCCGUUCCUGCUCUGGCUGCUGUCUGCAACAAAAACCUUCUGUCCUCUCAGACGUUUCCACAUGUGAAAACUGUGUCCAACCGCAGCGUGACUCUGACCUCAACAGGCGGCACCGACUUCAUCAGCUUCGCCAAAGGAGCAAAGUUCGAUGAUGAUCUCUACCACUCGUGGGUGGCGCCCGCCCUCAAAUCAGACCUCCUGGUUCAGUUCUGGGUGCGCUCCACUGGGAUCCUGCCCUCCGACUGCUCGCUGGGCUGGAAGGUCCUGGACAUCAAGAGCAUCAACCCGGGGCAGACGUUCACCUUCAAGACCACGGAGGACCACUCCAAGUGGGCCGUCAGCCCACGGGCAGCGGGGGACGGGUCGCGAGGCGGCGGCUGGGUGUGUGUGGGGGACAUAAACAGGAACGAGGCGGAGGAACAGCGUGGAGGAGGAACCGUGUGUCUUCAGGAUCCGACGGUGUGGAAGGCUUACCGGACGGCGGCGCUGGAGUGCGAGGCCUGUGGAGGAGGAACGAUCCAGUGCUGAAGAGUCCGCUGAGCUACACGAUUACGCUGGGCUCAGGGGCUUAUGGGAAAUAUUUCAACACGCUUGGUAUGCUGGGAGUCAGUUUUAAAACGCAAAAAACAAAGUCCAGUUUGGACUGGUGCUGUCAGUUGAUUAAACAAUGUAAUCAGAUUAAUCGCACUCUGACACAGUGAUUAAUCACGAUUAAUCACUGUGCCUAACUUCAAUACAAUCAGUUAAAAUGCAAAUAUCUAAGUAAACUAAUUAAUUAUUUGUGGGGGAGUUUUGUAGCAGAAAGCAGGUAACGAGAUCUCCCAGUGCUCAACAGCAACUAAGGAAACUUACUCCACUACACAUGAAUAUAAAAAGUAGUAAACAUCUUCAGGUUUCUGAACAUUUCUGUUUUCAGCUGAUAACAGAUAUGUUUUAUUUCCUAGUUCUUGGGUGCCCCGUCCCUUUCUGAUGCCGCCCUGGACAACUGCCCAUAUCAAAAACCGUCAAAAAAUAGUUUUAUCGUCUCAAACCAAAUCUUCACGCCUGAAGAUUCUCAGUUUUCCAGGUUUUUAUCUUCAGGAAGAUUUGAAGGAAGACAUUUUGUUUUAAACGCUAAUUUAGAAAUAUCCCUCUCCUUUCAUAUCCUGUGGGAGUUGUGCAGUGAGGUGAUAGUUGCGUCUCCUCAUCCAGCCUAAUCAGUGGCGUAAUUUGCACAUUUGAAAUUUCGAGCUCGUGACCUUGUGACAUGUGGGUUAGCAACCCAACACAAGAAAGUUGUGAAUGUUUGACUUUGCUGCUGUCACUGAAAAUGUUCACCUGUGGUUUAUAACUCUCUGAGUCAAAUCCAUAAUCCACUACUGUGAACGGUGUAACCCUCAAAAUAGUAGUUGGAUUAAUCUGCAUUAUGCAAUAUUAACACUUCAUUCAUUUUCAGAUUAAUCACAUGCGUUAAUAUAUAGUUUGGACAUAAUUUUGUGAAAAUGCAAACCAGAGAUGGAGAUGAGAGGGAGUUAGAGCUGGCAGGUUUUAAACAGUGACAGAGAGGUCAAGUCUGUGGCACCACAGCUUUUCCUGGCAGUUACUGGAGCGUCUGACAGUCAAAACAGGAAGAAAGCAGCAGGCAUCUAAAGAUCAGGUUCCUGCUCUCAGAAAUCUGGUAAAUUAUGGAUUUUGAUUUUAGUUUUUUUCUGUAUAUAAAUUUUUAAAAAGCCUCCAACUGGAAAAUCAUGGAUUGCUGUUACCGAGGUGAUGGAAUAGGUAGCCAUGACGACUAAGCCCUUUGAUUGUUUGAGCCUGAAGUGAUUCAGCAAACGGCAGAAACAGUUUUCCCUUUGGUCUCCUAGUUGUUUUCUUUCUCUGUGUAGAACUUUGAACAGAAAUGUCUGCUCAAAGAUCAUUCGAUCCAUCAGACAGCAGCCAGAGGUCACCAAAGGUCACUUCCUGGUAGGAUGGAGAUGAAGAUGGUUUGACUGAUUGGGCCUUUGUCUUGUGCUACUUUCUACUUUCUUCUCAGUUUCUUGUAAAUCAAAUAUUUUACAGCACAUCUUCAUCACUGGUUUCCAUUUAAACCAAAUUACAUCCAAAUCAGGCCAUUCUGUUAGUGAAUGUAAUCUGAAAGUCUAAUGUAAUUAUUCUAAUUGCAAAUUUGUAAAAAUUAGGUAAUUUUGUAUAUUAUGUGGUGCUGAGGCAAAGUAACAUUUUGGGAUAUUUUUUUAAGAGUUUGAAAGAAGUAAAAGUUUACACUGGUUUAACUGUAAGCUGCUGGGUUAUGUUUGUACACUGUAAGAGAAAAUCCUCCUUUGUAGCUUAUAUUCACUGUAGCCUCUUAAAAUUCAAGCAUCAUUCCUAAUAACCAAACGUUAUUUGUAAAAAUGCUUAGUUUUUUUAAAUACUUUAAUGCGGUGAAUGCAUGUGAGUUCAUGGAGUUUAUGGUCAAACACAUUUAUUAUUGGUUUGCAUGUUUUUUUUCUCCUUUAUUUUACGAUUCCAGUAAUCAACAGGUGGCAGUAACGGCGUGCAAAGAGCCGCAAAGACGAUGGAUGGUGCACAACAUGCAUGCAGAUGUCAGGAUGUAUCUUUUAUUUUUUAUUUUUUUAAAAGUGCAAAUAACUGAACUGAUCCUAAAAAUGCAGCUCAGAUAAACAUCACUAGUUCCAAACAGCAGUUCAACUUAACUGCAAAUUGUUUGUUUUUAAAGCAAAUUACAUUUAUAACGAGUAAACCGCAAACAACCAGAGUGUGCACCUCAAGAAAACUGAAAAUAAUUCUUUACUUGCAUAAAGAGACACAUUCAGUUUAUGCUUUUUGGCAAAAACAUUUCAAAUGCUCAGUAUGAUCUUUUUUUUUAUGCAAAUGGAGCAGUGCAGUAGGAGAGCAAGUUCUAAAAUCUGACAGCGAACUGGAGAGGUUAGGAGAAAGCAGAACAAAACCCAUAAAAGUGUCUCCUUAAAAACAAUAAAAGCGAUAGCUGAAGUGUUUUUCACAGCUGCUGAAACUGAAGAGACUCUCCUGCAAAUGGAUGAAAGCAGAUUCUGUAAGGAGGUUUUUUCACUCAUGCAUGCAGGUGUUCUCUCGAGGACUGACAUGCUCUGCUUCUUGAAAAGCACGUGGAUUCUUUCUUUCAUUAUUAUUUUUAGGAUUCUGGAAAGAUAUCGGGCAGAAAAGAUUCAGGUUUGAUGAUUUUCUUUUUCUUCCCUGUGAAUGUUUGUUAUAAAGUCAAAUGAUGUGUGAAGUGGUUUUUCUCUGCCUUCAGUCUGACCUUGAUUUUUCUGUAGAUAAAGAUGCUGGCUGUCUUUAAUUUGAAUAAAAAGAAGCUUUUGUGGAGG